AUGGCACCUGUAACGCUGAAAACAAUCGAUGACGACCUCAAAGAUGUCAUUCAGCACCUCUUCGAGAUGCAAAGCGCUGUCCACGGCUACCUAGGACCAGAGACACAACAAGAGCUUACGCGCAAACUAACCACAGCAAGACCAGACAAAGCUAACACGAGGUCCGAAUCACAGAAAGAGCCUCACUCUCGCCCUCUCAACACUUUCAACGCACACCGAACCCCCAAAAUCCCACGAACCCCUACCAGAAUCCGACCCCUCCAACCCUCUGCUCGCCAACAUUCAGCUCCCCCAGAGAUCAUCGACUACGUCGACUCCGCCCGCAACCCGGACAUCUACACCCGUGAGUUCGUCGAGCUUGUUCAGCGCGGUAAUCAAGACCUGCACGGGAAGCGUCUGGCGUUCGCCGGGUUCAGGGACGUCUUAGCGCGCGAAAUGCGCAGCGCCAUGCCCGAGUGCCGUGCUGAAGUCGAUCGUGCGGUCAAGGCAUCUGGGGGAAAGGUUGAGGAAGAGACAGGAAACUGA